AUGGACACAGCAUACCCUCGUGAGGACCCCCGGCCCCCCGCUUCCCGCAAGGCUGAUGGUGCUGCCCACGUGGGCCUCUCGCUGGCAGCGUCCUGUCCCCCACCUCGAGACCAUCUGAUCUGGUCAGUCUUCAGCACACUCUACCUGAACCUGUGCUGUCUUGGCUUCCUGGCACUUGUGCACUCUGUCAAGGCCCGAGACCAGAAGGUGGCGGGGGACCUGGAGGCUGCACAGCGCUACGGCUCCAAAGCCAAAUGCUACAACAUCCUGGCUGCCAUGUGGUCCCUGGUGCCCCCUCUUCUGCUCCUGGGGCUGGUGGUGACCGGCGCCCUACACCUGUCCCAGCUGGCCAAGGACUCUGCAGCCUUCUUCAGCACCAAGUUCGACGAUGGAGACUAUGACUGA